GGCAGCAGCGGCGGCAGCAAGAUGGCGGAGGCGGCGAGCGGGGAGGCGCCGGUUCUCGGUCACGGGGGCGCAGAGGGGCUCAAGGCCAUGGCCAACCAGCACUUCAAAGACAAGGAUUACGACAAUGCCAUUAAGUAUUACACCCAGGCCAUCGAUUUGAACUCGGAGAAUGCUGUUUAUUACGGGAAUCGUAGCUUGGCAUACUUACGGACUGAAUGUUAUGGCUAUGCCUUGUCAGACGCCACCAAGGCAGUGGAGCUGGAUAAUAAAUACAUUAAAGGGUAUUAUCGACGGGCCACGGCCAACAUGGCACUGGGCAAGUUUAAGGCAGCAUUGAAGGACUAUGAUACGGUGGUCAAAGUAAAACCAAAUGACAAGGAUGCAAAAAUGAAAUACCAAGAAUGCAAUAAAAUCGUCAAGCGGAAAGCGUUUGAGCGUGCAAUAGCAAAUGAUGAGCUGAAGAGAUCGGUGGUAGACUCUUUGGAUAUAGAGAGCAUGACAAUCGAAGGCGACUACACUGGUCCCAAACUGGAAGAUGGCAAAGUCACUUUACAGUUCAUGAAGGACUUAAUGCAGUGGUUUAAAGACCAGAAGAAAUUGCACAGAAAGUGCGCUUAUCAGAUACUGGUCCAGGUAAAGGAGGUGCUGUCAAAACUACCUAGUCUGGUAGAGACCACAGUGGGCGAGAAAGAGUUCAUUACCAUUUGCGGAGAUAUUCAUGGGCAGUACUAUGAUAUGUUGAAUAUAUUUGAACUCAAUGGAUUACCCUCGGAGACUAAUCCUUAUUUAUUUAAUGGUGAUUUUGUAGACCGAGGCUCUUUUUCCGUGGAGGUUAUAUUAGUCCUCUUUGGAUUCAAGCUGCUCUAUCCAAAUCACUUCCACGUUCUGCGAGGUAACCACGAAACGGACAACAUGAACCAAAUGUAUGGUUUCGAGGGCGAGGUGAAGGCCAAAUAUACGUCGCAGAUGUUUGAGCUCUUCAGCGAGGUGUUCCAGUGGCUGCCCCUAACUCAGUGUAUUAACAGUAAAGUUCUGAUUAUGCACGGAGGUCUCUUCAGCGAAGAUGGUAUCACCCUCGAUGACAUCAGGAAGAUUGACCGGAAUCGGCAGCCACCAGACUCGGGUCCAAUGUGCGACUUGCUCUGGUCCGAUCCACAGCCUCAGAAUGGGAGGUCGGUCAGUAAGCGUGGGGUCAGUUGCCAGUUUGGCCCGGACAUCACCAAACAGUUCCUGGAGGAGAACGAACUGGAUUACAUCAUCAGGAGCCACGAGGUGAAGCCAGAGGGCUACGAGGUUACGCACAACGGCAAAUGUAUCACUGUCUUCUCUGCACCAAACUAUUGUGACCAGAUGGGAAACCAAGGAGCAUAUAUCCAUCUCAGGGGCUCCGACCUAAAACCAUUAUUUCAUCAAUUUAAAACUGUGCCUCACCCGAACGUUAAACCGAUGGCGUACGCAAACUCGCUACUGCAGAUGGGGAUGAUGUAACGUCGGCGUGGCUGCCUGGCGUGGGCAGUGAUUCUUCCCGCAGGUGGGGGGUGGCGUCAGGGUUUAAUUUAAUCUUCCUCACUAGAUCUGCCGUCUCCCAUCCAAGUCUCCCACCUCCCCGGCCCUGUCCACGGCCCAAGUCCUUGCCCCAGCCGCGGAGUGAGAAUCACACGCCCAGCGUGCUUACUCCCACAUCCUUGCCCUUCAACAAGUCCGUCUCCGAUCAAAUCCUCAGCACCUGCACCAGUAAGCCUCUGCAGAAUAUAAUUACCAAACUCCCUUAGUUCUUGCUGGUGAUCUUUCACCCCCAUCCCCAGUGACUGAACCUCCCCCACAUUGUAUGUACAUCGGUCACUGAUUGCCAUCUUAAGUUGAGCAACAGUGAAAUACCAAGACCCUACACUGUUUGAACAAUAGCCCAUCCCCCCCCCCCCCCCCUCAAUCUCUGACUCCCACCUUCUCCAAUCCCAUAGAGAUCCCGACCAUUCCAUCAACAAAAUCCAAAAGUGUAUCGUUUUUUAUUUUUUAAAUUGCAAUGCUCGUCAGGUUUAUACCGAGAAAUAAGUGUAAUUGGCGUUAGUCUGCAGGAAUUGGUUCUGGCUCGCGUCUGGGACAGUCCCGGGACAGAGGUGGAACGGAGGGGUUCAAUCCCGUUCCCCUUGGCCAAUCUUUUCCCCCUCAGCCAAUGUUACUAAAACUGAUUUUUUUAAAAUGCUGGUAAACACUCGCCAGGUCAAGCAGCAUCCGUGGAGAACGAAUCCCGGGUAACAUUUAGAGCCGAGCGAUCGGCCCAAGGAAGCUCAACCCAAAACGUCAAUAGGUUCUCUCUACACAGGUGCUGCCUGACCUGCUGAGCCGUUCCAGCACCGUCGGAUUCUAUUUGGGAAUUGUAGCAUCUGCGGUCAUUACGUUUUCAGACUGAAAAUAAAGAAUCCGGUUAUCACGAUGCUGGCUCUGCACAAAGUGGCUGCCGUCUUUCCUAGUUGCUGCGCGCUGGCUGUCGAGUGCUUUGGGAAUGGUCCAAGGAUGCCCCCCCCCCCUCCCACAUGCUCUCUCUUCAACACUGUGAAACCCACUUGCUAGAUCUUUAAUAGACACAAAAUGCUGGAGCAUCUGAGAGAAGGAAUGGUGACGUUUCGGGUCGAGACCCUUCCUCGGACUCAAACAGUCUCGACCAGAAACGUCACCCGUUCCUUCUCUCCGGACGGAGAUGCUGCCUGUCCCGCUGAGUUACUCCAGCAUUUUGUGUGUCUCUUUGAUUUAAACCAACAUCUAUAGUGUGUUCCUACACAGGCUAGAUCUGUUCCAUUCUCAUGCCAACCGGUGUAGGGUUCCUUACAUAAAAUGCAAAUAAUUAUUUCAUGGAGACCAGACGUGCACAGUGACUUCUCAUCAUUUUCAAUAGAACGAGUUCUCAUCUUUUGUAAUACCUCGGAGUCUGUGGCUAACUCAGAGUCUAGUCCCGUCGGAAACAAACAGGCCAGUAAAUCUUAUUCUCAUCAUUAAUCAAUCCCUAGAAAGUCCCGCUCUCUAAAUGGGGCGUUGAUUUGCCUGCUGUAUCAACAGACCAUGUCCUACAGAGCUGCCUAGAGAGCAGGCUGUUCUAUCUGGAGCCCUGUCUAAUAUUCAUCACCUCUCCAACUACUUUAACCCUUUGUGCUGCUUUGAGAGCCUGCUCUUUAUAAGGUGUGUAAUGCAGCCCAUAGAUUCGUCACCCAAUGCAGUGAAAGUCACUAUAUAAAUGAAUUUUGUACCCGUCAAGGGUCCCUACGUCUCGGCUAUUUUGCCCACAGUUAUCUGGAGGUUUUGUAACUCUUUAGUCUGCCCGUAGUGAGUGGACUAUAGUGACCACAGGUGGAGAACAUGGGUCACCGCAACUGUGGGGGCAGUUCCCAUCGACCCGUCACAUGUGGACUAACCCGUGAAGCCAUGUGCACCCAGUGUUGGGACGAGGUGCCCACCUGGAGCGUGUGACACGUGUGGGGUCAGAGGGAACAUGCGUGUGACAUGCUUCACCGUCCCAAUCCGAGCAGCGACAACCUCCUUUUGACAGUUUUUGUCUUCAAAGUUAUAUCUUAUUGAGUUAGAGGCAGCGGACUCCCAUCCUACUGGGAGCAGCGCAAUGUCUCGAGUCUAGACCUGGCCUGUCUGCUGGGAAAAGUCCAGACCUUGCAUAGACUAGGAAUCGACAAGAGGGUGUGCAACUGAACGGAACCGCCUUCAAUUGACAUCCGAUCUUCCCAGCUUCUUCCUUCCUCCCUCCCGACCCCCCUGCAAUCCCCCAAACCCGCUGCCAACGUUCCUCCUAGUCUCCCGGCCCAUCCCCACAGGCAUGGCCCAUGUCCCACCGGCCUCGUGGCAAGAGGAGACUAUGACAAUCAUUCAGAGCCCCGCCAGGUUGUAGCGGGAGGAGAAUUGGCCCGGGUUGAUUGAUUGGUUUCACUCCCGGAGUGUUUGGACCCAGAGCCUGCCAGUGCUUGACAAAGACUGCUGAUGCCUCUCUGGCACCUAGUGAUGUUAUAAUGUGCUGAGUGCUUCCUUUGCUGUCAGUUCCAUUACAGGUAAGAGCACCUUUGGACAUUGCAAGCCGUGUAGAUUGAAACCUUGGAAAUGAAAGGGGGAGACGGGGGUGGGUCGGGAGGGAGACUUUGGAGACCUGGUGCUCAGUUUAGGAACAAGAGUUUUAUAAUUGUAUGUGUUAGCCACCCAUAAUGUCAUUGUCAAAUAAAACUUUAUUCAAAUGUUAGAAUUCUGAAUUAUAUUUAAUGACAGUGGCCAUUGUGUUUGGAGACUUGCAACGUCCUAAAAGAUUCUGUUUGCUAAAUGACAGCAAUGCGUUGAAUAAAAAGAUUGCAAGGAG